AUGAGUGACAUGAUCAAGGAAUAUGUCCCUUUUGUUCAGCCGGUGGUGACUGGGCCCAUUGUCGAGAAAUGGCUCAGCGAUAUCGAGGUAGCCAUGGUCGGCGGUCUGUACGAUGCCAGCAAGAAGGGAAUGCUGGCAUACCCAGAGGAGACCUUAGAUGGCACAAACCGAACCGAAUGGCUGCUGGAGGGCCCGCAGGGCCCCAAGUAUUCAGUCAGAGGCACGGGGUAUUCGGCACAGAGCAAGAUCUUGGUAGACCAGCAGUUCUGGACCCUUGAGACAGAGAAGGCCCUGUCCAAGAUUGCUGCCGGUGAUGCCAAUGGCAUGAAAGACAACAUCGAGUUCCACAACCAGCAGCUGAAGAACAGCGUUAGCAUCGUUCGAAUGCAACUCACAAAGAACCAGCGCGUUUUGAUGGGAGCUCUGAUUGUGCUGGACGUGCACGGCAUCACAGUGCUGGAGAACCUCCACGAUGCAGGGACGAGCAGUCUGAAUGACUUUGAUUGGAGCAAGCAGCUCCGAUACUAUUGGGUUCCAGAAUCUGAGGAGGUGGAAACUUCUUUGAUCACCAUGGUAUCGGAUGACUGCGUCUGCCGCCAAACCAUUGCUUGCUUCAAGUACUCUUACGAGUAUUUGGGGAACACACCCCGGUUGGUCGUCACGCCACUAACGGACAAGUGCUACAUGACUUUGACAGGAGCCAUGCACUUGAACUACGGUGGGGCUCCAGCAGGACCAGCCGGCACAGGCAAAACAGAAACGACGAAGGACUUGGGCAAAGCCUUGGCUGUGCCAGUGGUUGUCUUCAACUGCUCUGAUGGCCUGGACUACAAGAUCAUGGGCCGUUUCUUUUCAGGCCUUGCCCAGGCUGGCGCAUGGGCCUGCUUCGAUGAGUUCAACCGGAUUCAGGUCGAAGUCCUGAGUGUGAUUGCACAGCAGAUGCUGACCGUCACGCAGGCCAUUCGACAGCGGAAAGAAGUCUUUGAAUUUCUUGGCAACGAGAUCCCGCUGAAUCGACGAUUCGGGGUGUACAUCACCAUGAACCCCGGAUAUGCUGGCCGUGCUGAGCUUCCUGACAACUUGAAAGCGCUCUUCCGUCCUGUGGCCAUGAUGGUGCCAGACUAUGGGCUGAUUGCAGAGAUCAUUCUGUAUUCAGAGGGCUUCAACGCAGCCAAGAUGCUUGCUCGAAAGAUGGUAAACCUGUACCGAUUGUCCUCUGAGCAGCUCUCCAAGCAGGAUCACUACGACUUUGGCAUGCGUGCUGUGAAGUCAGUCCUGGUGAUGGCAGGGCACUUGAAGCGUCAGAAUCCAGACCUGGAGGAGAAUGUCACGCUGAUUCGAGCACUGCGUGAUUCCAACGCGCCCAAGUUUCUGUCGUUCGAUCUGCCCCUCUUCAGUGGCAUCAUCUCAGAUUUGUACCCAGACGUGGUCAUCCCCGAUGUGGAUUACGGGAAGCUCAAGACGGAAAUCGAAAAUCAGUUGCGCCUGGUCAACCUCCAGGUUGUUCCAUCGUUCCUGACCAAGAUUACACAACUCCUGGAGACCCAGCUUGUCAGGCAUGGAGUGAUGUUGGUCGGCUUGACAAUGACGGGCAAAUCGACAAACUCCAACAUUUUGGCGAAGACGCUCACACAGCUGAAGAAGGAUGGCUCGACGGAUCCAGCUCAUCAAUUGACCAAGAUUUUCUUCCUGAACCCCAAGAGUAUUACCAUCGAGGAGCUCUACGGGUCCUUCAACGAAAACACGGGUGAGUGGAAGGAUGGACUGGUGGCGAUCCUGGUUCGUGAAGCUGUGAGCGACACUUCAGACAACAAGAAGUGGGUGAACUUCGAUGGUCCUGUGGAUGCAAUCUGGAUUGAGAACAUGAACACGGUGUUGGAUGACAACAAGAUGUUGUGCCUCUCCAACGGAGAGCGCAUCAAGCUUCCUCCUAGUAUGACCGUCAUGUUCGAGGUCAACGACUUGGCAGUUGCAUCGCCAGCAACGGUCAGUCGCUGCGGCAUGGUCUACCUUGAGCCUGUUCAUCUGGGAUGGAAGCCGCUUAUCCAGACGUGGGUGGAAAAGUUUCAAGCCAAGUUCCCGGACUAUGCCAAAGAUAUCGGGAAAUGGGCAACAUCUGUGUGCGAAGAGGCCUUGCCCUACAUCCGUGAGGAGUGCCAAGAGGCUCCUGGCAUACCAAGCAUGGACGCAAACAUCGUGCAGGCCUACUUGCGCAUGUUGACCGCUUUCAUCUCUGAGCCCCAUCAGUUGGUGCCAGAAGGUGACAGCAAGCCCUUGAAGGUUGAUGAGGAUGCCAAGAAGUUGGUUCGCAUCUACACGGCCAUGUCUGCCAUUUGGUCUCUGGGAGCCAAUCUUCAUGAGAACUCGUCCGAGUUGGCAGUGAAUGACGAUGACGCCAGAAUCCAUCCGCUAGCAGAUAUCGUUCCGAACUUCAACUUCAAUCCGCAGGAGCUCGGGCCAUUCUUCAACAUUUUGGUCAACACGCCGGAGACAGUGGGUCAACGCAUGCUGGUUGAGAACCUGAUGAUGGCUAACUUCAACGUGCUCUUUUCUGGGGAGACAGGCGUUGGCAAGUCAGUUGUCAUCCAGCAGUUCCUGAACACGGCUGGUGAGUUAUUCUCAACCGCAAGCGCCAACUUCAGCGCUCAGACAAGCACUUCCAAUGUUGUGGACCAGUUUGAGAACCGGCUCGAGCGCAAGCGCAAGACGUUGUUGGGGGCGCCUCCGGGCACCACGAUGAUCUUUUUCGUCGACGAUGUCAACAUGCCUAUGCUUGAGUUCUACGGGGCACAGCCGCCGAUUGAAUUGCUGCGACAGGUGAUCGACUAUGGAGGCUUUUACGACAAGAAGAAGCUCUUCUGGAAGCAGGUGGCAGACACUCAGUUCAUCUGCGCCUGUGGACCACCUGGUGGAGGUCGUAUGGCUGUGACGCCCAGGCUGUUCCGCCAUUUUAACAUGAUCUGGAUUCCGGCGCUGUCACAAGAUGCAAUGCAGCGCAUCCUCAGCAGCAUCCUAGGCCAGACUUCCGGGGGUGACUUGCAGGUCUACGGGGAGCUCAAA